UUGCCAGAAUUACGUCAGUGAGGAAAUCUAAAUAUGGUGGAUUAUGUUUUUUAUGUGUAGUGUUUAUUUAAAAAAAUCGUGUGUUUAUUUUCCGUGUAAUGUUGGACAAUUUAAAGAUCAUCUUUGUGAUACGUUGAUGUCAUCUCACAUUGGUGGACUCUCAAGGUUACAAUUCACAGGUCAAUUUAUCGAUUGUGCACAAAUCUCGCAACAAUGACAAUGCAACAGUAUUGCUUGAGAUGGAACAACCAUCAACCAAACUUCAUUUCGGUCUUUUCUAGUCUUCUGAAUAGUGAGUCACUUGUUGACGUUACUCUAGCCGCCGAAGGCAGGCAUUUGCAAGCACACAAAGUGGUUCUAUCCGCGUGCAGUUCAUAUUUUCAAUCUUUGUUCACUAUCAAUCCUUGCCAACACCCCAUUGUGAUAUUAAAAGAUGUUAAAUUCACUGAUUUGAAAGUUAUGGUCGACUUUAUGUACUAUGGGGAAGUCAAUGUCUCGCAAGAGCAACUACCACACAUCCUCAAAACCGCUGAAAUGUUGAAAAUCAAAGGUUUGGCUGAAAUCCCCGUCGAUCAAUCGGUGUCAAAAGCCCAGAAUAGUUCAACCGACAAAGCAGAACUCUUGACCCCCGGGGAGACGAAUUGGAGCACGGACGGGGCCCCCAGACAGUCUCUAUCACCGUCGCCUUGCCCCCUGUCGCCCACCAGUAAACGAAAACGGUUACGAAAAUCCUCAACUGGUUCUGGUUCUGGCUCAACUGAACGCACUUCAGAUGAACACCAGUCCAGCGAAGUCACUUUGACAUCGUCUAGUGGCACUGUUAUAAAAUCAGACCCGGGGGGCUACGCCUCCGAUAGCAGUAGCAUUUUACAGAAGAGCAAGGGGCACAGUAGCGACUCCGAGUUGCACAGAGGGAGCUCCCAUGAGAGUGUCGAAGGGGAAAUCACGCACCAGGUGACGUUGCAAGUCCCACAAGAAGUCAGUGUUCAACACGGAUUGGAGACGAGUUCGUGUGAGACAGCGGGGCCCUCUCAACUAACAUUAACCGAGAAGUCUUCGAGCAGCCAACGGAGCCCCCAGCUCGUGAUGGGCACAAAACGCGGCCGCUUCCUCAUGCGCCAGCCUCGGAUAAAGCGCGAGAGCGACCCUAGUCAGCCCCCGGACAGUGAGCCCCUUUCGCCCCAAUACCUCUCAGUUCCUGUGCGCGUUGAACGCCAAUGUUCGGAGCCUCUGCCCUCGCAUUCGCCCCCUCCCGGGAACCUCCUCACGGUCCCAGGCCCGGUUUUAGUCAAACAGCACUCGCAUCCCUUACUGCCAAGCCAAACACAAGCGAAAUCGAUGUCGCCCCCGCUCCAUAUACAGAUCGUCCACCAGAAUGCGCCCGAGUCUGCCCAACGGGCCGUAAGCCCUGUCGUGGUGGUCGCGGACCCCAUGGCGGUGUCGCCCCACGACAGCGCCGCCACGGCCCCCACGAGCUCGCUCCGGGUGAGGGCCGACGAGCUGAAGAGGAGCGCCUCAUCGCCACUGACCGGCACGAGAUCGAGCCACUGUCCCGUGGUGCGUUCAGGUCCGGCUUUGGGGUGCAACUACUGCUGGAACACCGUGGACACCCACGGCCGGAUAUUGCGCCGCAAGACGAAAUACCACUGUCCCGAGUGUCAAACGAACUUGUGUAUAGUUCCCUGCUUCCAGGAGUACCACGAGAGACACGUUAGUGCCGGCCAAACGGACCCCAUAGCACUGACAACGUCCGUAAUGCGAGUUUUUCCAAAAACGACUUCGAUGUGAAUUGUCGUUUCGCAAUAAAUAUUGUGGAAUUUUCUGUGGCCUAAGGCAACGACGGCAGAAAUUUUGUGCUUAGGGAAAUCAAUAAGCAUAAAAAAAGACAAAUGUAUCAUCAGGGUCUUUCUUGUUUCUCCGAUUGUUUGAAUUUUAUAUUUAGCUCAAAUGCUAUUCAUUGUUAUUGUUAAUGUUUCAAGUCAAUAAGUGGGAACAUGAAGUUUGUUGAAAUUUAUACAAUCGUGUGGAAAUAUCAAAUUGUUGUGAGCUGUGGUCCGAAUUUGUGAUACUUGAGGAGUUUUUUGUUUGAGUACCUCAAACACUAGUCCGAUGUUGAAAGGUGGGCUCACUUCUACUAAACAAAGCUUUAAAUGGUGUUAGAAUCGAAGAAUAUAAUACACUAUUUUUAUGAUGCACAUACAAAAUAUAUUUUUGAAUGGACUAAACAGUUAUUUUCUUAAAUGUUAAGUAUAUUUUUAACUUGUACAGUUGUGGAAUUUCAUUUUGUAUGUUUAUAUUUUGGAGUAAUUUUCCUAAACAAACAUAACACGAAAAUCCACGACACGGUAAUUGUUUUUUUCACUGUGGAGUGAGUUUUUGUGUUGUUCGAAACUUCUGUAAAUAAAUGGAUGUAACGAAGUUACCAUUGAUGUUAGAAAAGUGUGAUAGAUGGUACCUGUACUUGUGAAAUAUUGUUAGUAUUACCAAUAAUGACUAAUGUAGUUUUAAGGUUUCUUUAAGUGGGUUGACGCGACUCUUCAGACACAAAUUGCCAACAUAACUGUAUUCAAAUAAUCGUUAUAAUAAAGCAAAAAAGCUUAUUUUUAACAUUGGCCAAUUCGGACAUUUUUGGUGACAAAAAAAUUUAUUGGCAACACUGAAUUAUUGGUAAUCCUAAUUUGUUAUAUCAGAAUGUUUCAGGUGAUGACUAAAAAAGUUUGACAUUUGAAUUUGAAAGUCAAAAUUGCCAUACUUGAGGUAAAAAAAAUCACAAUCACCCAGUAUUGAAUUUCCAAUCGAAGUAAUUAAGUUGGCAAUAUUACCUUUCAAACUGAAACGUCACAUUUUAAUAGUCAACUGUCAUUCACUUCAGACGGGUGACCCCUGGCAAGGCCGUCACCCGACAAUCCAAUAUCACCUAUAAUUCAAUGUCGCCAACUUAAUUUCAGUCACAGAUCACUUUGACGCUGAAGGGGUUUUAAUUAAAAAAAAUUGAGUUAACUUUUGUACUACUGUCAUUGCGUGGAAAUUGGCUUCUUUAAUGACAGUAUUCAUGACAAAUCGGAGUCAAUUUUUCAUAAUUGGAUGAGAAAAACCGACUGUUGUUUUGCUACAGUACAAAUUGUUAGGAAACAAAUAAAGUAUUUGC